GUCAGUAGUGUUGCGCCGCCUGGUGUCGUUGAUUCUCAGUCCCCCAGCAGCAGCAGCAGCGUGUACUCGUGUUUCCUCUGCCAGCACAGCACAGCACACAAGUCGCCGUUGCACGUCACAACUCCGCCAACAAAAACUAGAUCUUCAAAGCUCUAAUAACUUUGCAGUAGCUGCAGUUGUAUAUCUCCGAGGGAUACCCUUUGUUUGUCGUAUGUCCAUCCAGAAUCUCAACACAUUUGACCCCUUUGCGGAUGCAAUCAAGGGUUCAGACGACGAUGUCCAGGACGGUCUCGUGCAUAUAAGGAUCCAACAGCGGAAUGGUCGCAAGACCUUAACCACCGUGCAGGGCCUCUCGUCUGAAUAUGACUUGAAGAAAAUUGUCAGAGCAUGUAAAAAGGAGUUUGCCUGCAAUGGGACUGUAAUUGAGCAUCCGGAGUACGGGGAGGUAUUGCAGCUGCAGGGGGACCAGCGUGAAAAUAUAUGCCAGUGGCUAACAAAAUCUGGUCUGGCGAAACCUGACCAACUGAAAGUUCAUGGUUUCUAAUUAACAGAUUAUACAAGAACAACAAAACCAUCACCCAUGCCACUACCAUCCAAAAUAACUCCACCUCUACCGAUACUUAACUGUCUCAAAUUCUCUGUAUCAGUUACUACUACUCGUUGAUACUACUUGUGGAAUAUUCCCCCAACUCAUUAUAAUACACGUAUAUAUUUCAAUAAACAAAAGGAAUAUAAACAAUACUUAUAUAAAAAAAAUAGGCACAAUACUAUUUUAAUCAGACAGCAGUUUUGUAAGGAUUAUAGGGAAGCAAUAUUUUACAGCCUUACGUUAGAUGAUCCGACGUGGACGACGAACUCUACAAAGAUGACUGUGUCACAUUUUGUGUAAUAGAGAUAUAACUAGGCAUUUUUCAGAGAAUACGUGAGCGAGCGAUAAACACUGUUAGCUACGAAUGGGUCUUCAUUUUGAUAUUAGAUAAUAUGUAUCUGGGCGCAAUAGAUGUGUUCAGAGAGAUUUGAAGAACUAAGUGUUUAAACUAGGGCUCAAAUUGGCUUUUUUCUUACUUAUUAUUGUAAUUAAACUUGUUUAGAUUCUGUUGGAACAAAGAAAAUGAAUAAACUUGCUCUUUUUCAUUUUACGUAUUGUAAGUAAAUGAUGAAAGUUGUAGUUUCUGUGCUUAAAUGAUCAAAUAAUGUUGAACGACGAUGGAGUCACAUAUGUUCUCUCGACUUUUGUGCCUUUAAGUCUGCAUCGAUUUUCAUGAUGUAUAAUUUGUGUAAAACGCGACAAGAUCUUUUUCUUUUUAUGUAAUAUAUAUCACGAUGCGACUUUACGAUUAUUAUCAAUUUCCCUUUAUAACUUUACUUUUCUCUUUUGUAAAUCAGUAUUCUUGACACUGAAUUGUUUGUUUCCCUUUUUUCAAUGAAAAAUGUGGCUGUUCUAGAUAAAUAAAUGGCAAUUCACCAGUUUCACGUAUAUUAA